AUGGCUUUCAACAACAUGCUACCGCCGUCUAUCGACGCGCUGGCCGAGGACAAGGUGUUUGCAGCCGAAGUCGAGCAGGUCAAGAAGUGGUGGAGCGAACCUCGGUGGCGCCAGACCAAGCGGCCGUUCACAGCAGAGCAGAUUGUGUCGAAGCGUGGCACGCUCAAGAUCGAGUACCCCAGCAACGCGCUCUCCAAGAAGCUCUGGGACAUCCUGGAGAAGCGGUUCCAGACCAAAGACGCCAGCUACACGUACGGCUGUCUGGAGCCGACAAUGGUGACGCAGGUGGCACAGUACCUGGACACGGUGUACGUGUCCGGCUGGCAGUCAUCGUCGACGGCCUCAUCGACGGACGAGCCGGGCCCGGAUCUGGCAGACUACCCCUACACCACGGUGCCCAACAAGGUCGGCCACCUGUUCACGGCGCAGCUGUUCCACGACCGCAAGCAGCGUCACGAGCGGCUGAGCCACGCACGCAAGCAGCGCGACAAGAAUGCGGCCCACAUCGACUACCUGCGGCCGAUCGUGGCGGACGCCGACACGGGUCACGGCGGCCUGACGGCGGUGAUGAAGCUGACCAAGCUCUUCGUCGAGAAAGGUGCGGCCGGCAUCCACAUCGAGGAUCAGGCGCCGGGCACGAAGAAGUGCGGCCACAUGGCCGGCAAGGUGCUGGUGCCGACGAGCGAGCACAUCAACCGGCUGGUGGCCAUCCGCGCCCAGGCCGACAUCAUGGGCGUCGACCUGGUGGCCAUUGCGCGCACCGAUGCCGAAGCCGCGACCCUGAUCACCAGCACCAUCGAUCCGCGCGACCAUGCCUUCAUCGUCGGCUGCACCAACCCGGCCCUGCAGCCGCUGAGCCAGGUCAUGGCCGAUGCCGAGAGCGCCGGCCACACCGGUGUCGCCCUGCAGGCCGUCGAGGACAAGUGGCUGACCGAGGCCGGACUCCUGCGCUUCGACGAUGCCGUCGCGGCAGCCAUCAAGGUCAGCGGCGCACCGGCCAGCCUCGAGGCCAAGUACCGCGCUGCUGCCAAGGGCAAGAGCCACACCGAGGCCCGCGCUGCCGCCCGCUCCCUGCUCGGCACUGCUGCCGACAAGAUCCACUUCGACUGGGACGCACCGCGGACUCGUGAGGGCUUCUACCGUCUCAAGGGCGGCUGCGACUGCGGCGUUGCGCGUGCCAUCUCUUAUGCGCCCUACUGCGACGCCAUCUGGAUGGAGAGCAAGCUGCCCGAUUACAAGCAGGCCGAGGAACUCGCCUACAACCUGUCGCCGUCGUUCAACUGGAAGACGGCCAUGCCGCGGAACGAGCAGGAGACGUACAUCCAACGCCUGGCCAAGCUCGGCUACUGCUGGCAAUUCAUCACACUGGCCGGCCUGCACACUACGGCCCUCAUCAGCAAUCAAUUUUCCCGCUCGUUCGCACAGGUCGGCAUGCGUGCCUACGGCGAGCUCGUGCAGGAGCCCGAAAUGGAGCAGGGCGUCGAUGUCGUCAAGCACCAGAAGUGGAGCGGCGCCAACUACGUCGACGACCUGCAGAAAUUGGUCACCGGUGGCAUCAGCAGUACGUCUGCCAUGGGCAAGGGUGUCACCGAGGACCAGUUUCACUAG